AUGGAGCAGCCUUCCAGUCGCCAAAGAAAGCUCAUUCCCGGAGAUGAAUCUAGCGAGCCUAAAUUCCGCCAGCAGAGAUGGUCCGCUAAGACCAUUAAAUCAUACUGCAUUGCACUAUUUCCAGUGAUUACAUGUCUAUUCGUUCUGGUCGUGUUCUGGUCUCAGUGGAGCACACCUGAUCUACUCAAGACAAUAAUCCCGGUGAAUAUUUCAAAUAUUCAUCACGAGGCUGAUCCCCCUUCCGCGGGAGCCACUCCUCGAAGGAUCGAGCUUCAUGCGGAGGACCAUGCCUAUCGAGACCCAGAGACCCAGCACCAUGACUGGAUCCUAAGCUCGGAGACUGUCAGGCCAGAUGGGGUACUCAAGAGAGUGCAUCUGAUUAAUGGUCUCUUCCCGGGACCAACUAUCGAAGCGCGUCCGGGUGACACUUUGAUCAUCAAUGUUACGAAUAACAUUCAAGAACCCCUUUCAAUUCACUGGCACGGGUUACAUAUUGAUAGUAUCUAUGCACUCUCUUUUCUCAAAUUGACCUAUUAUGCAGACCAAAUGGAUGGCGUCGUUGGAGUUACACAAUGUGGUAUUCCACACGGCACAUCCUACAUCUACAACAUCACGAUCCCUGCCCAUCAGUACGGGACCUUUUGGUACCAUGCUCACUCUGGCUUCGCCAGAGCCGAUGGGCUAUACGGAGGAUUGGUUGUCCACGAACCAGCGUCUCAGUCGACAGUUCGUGGCUUGCUCGCAAAUUCUGCUCCAUACAGUAAGGAGUUCUUGCUGUUGAUCGGGGACUGGUAUCAUCGGCCGGCCGUUGAAGUCAUGUCAUGGUACAUGCGCGCAGGGUCUUUUGGCAAUGAUCCGGUUCCUGACUCAUUAUUAAUUAAUGGAAUUGGCCAUUAUAACUGCUCCAUGGCUGUCCCUGCCCGACCAGUGGAUUGCAUUGAUCAAUCUUCCAACUUGACAUAUCUCUAUUCGAAUGUCAACACAGUAUAUCGCCUACGUGUGGUCAACACAGGAUCCCUCGUUGGACUUACCAUCACCUCGCCAACAGAAUCCCUUUCUAUCAUCGAGGUGGACAGCAUAAAGGUUGCCGAGAGACCGGAGACAAAUUCAAUUGGAAUUCUAUACCCAGGUCAGCGCAUGGAUCUCCUCAUGCGCCUGUCGAGCGAACGAAAAACGACCACUUUGACAGUUGAGAUGGAUCCAGAAUGCAUGAAAUACCCCAAUCCGGCACUCACGCCCAAUCAAACCUUUCUUAUCAACCCCGAGUAUGCCCCAGAUGCGCAAUCUCCUACACCCGAUGAAAACAAAAAGUCAAAUCUCGAUAUACAACAUGUCCCCUCUCCAGCCCACAUCUUAUCUUCGCUCCCAUAUCACGCAAAUACUACCGAAAUCGUUUAUGUCAAGACACAGAAAUUCUCCAUCAACCAUAACGUGCCGUAUGGUUACUUCAACCACACCUCCUGGGCGCCUCAGCAAAACCCCCCUGUCCCACUGAAUGGACUCCCACGAGAGAAAUGGGAUAAAAAACAACUUGCGUUGGCCGUAGGGGACUCCGACCCCGAAUCAGAGCCUAUAUGGGUCGACUUGGUUGUAAACAAUUUGGAUGACACUGGUCAUCCUUUCCAUUUGCAUGGUCACCAUUUCUACGUCCUUACUGUGUAUAAGGGCGCAAUUGGCUGGGGCUCCUACAACCCCUUCUCCGACUCAUUUCCGCCUGGCUCUGACCCAGAUGCCUAUCCUGACACUGAUGGAUUAAACUUGUCACUUGCAAUGUUACGGGAUAACGUCUAUAUCCCCAGUAGGGCAUAUGCGAUUCUGAGGUUCCGGGCUGACAAUCCGGGAGCGUGGCUGUUCCACUGCCAUGUCUUGUGGCAUCUGUCUAGUGGAAUGGCCAUGCUGGUAGACGUGGGGAACUAUACAGGCUUUCCCGAGAACUCGUGUCUGAUUUAA